AUGCCGUCGUCCGCGGCCACCGGUGGAUCAGAAUUACUCCGGCCGCCGCCGCCGUACUCGUCCGCGUCGGCGAUCGUCGGCGGCACGGUGACGGGGCACCAUAUCCUCCAGAUCGACGGCUACUCCUACACAAAGGAGAAGCUCCCCAACGGCAAGUACAUCCUGUCCAGCUCGUUCAAGGUCGGUGAUCACCAAUGGCAGCUCAGCUACUUCCCCAAUGGCGUCAACCGCUACGGCGACGCUGACUUCGUAUCCGUCUUCUUGUAUCUCGUCGAGGGCCAGCCGGUGAAGGCGCGAGCCACGUUCAGCUUGCUCGACCGGGCGGGGAAGCCGGUGCCGUCCUACACGCGUGACACGGGGAUGCGCGACUUCGCCGUGACGCCGCCCGACCUGCACCGGCACCUCGGCGGCCUCCUCGAGUCCGGGGACGGCGCCGACGUCACGUUCCGCGUCGCCGGCGAGGACGUGCGCGCGCACCGGUACAUUCUCGCGGCGCGGUCGCCGGUGUUCAAGGCGGAGCUCUUCGGCCAGAUGAAGGAGAGCAGCAGCAGCAGCAACACCGUGAUGAACGUGGACGACAUGGAGGCGGAGGUGUUCAGGGCCCUCCUCGCCUUCAUCUACACCGACGCGCUGCCGGAGACGAAGACGAAGGCGAAGCAGGAGGACGAGCUGGUGAUCGCGCAGCACCUGCUCGUCGUGGCGGACAGGUACGGCAUGGAGAGGCUCAAGCUGCUCUGCGAGGAGAAGGUGGUCGAGUUCAUCGACCGGGGCUCGGUGGCGACGCUCAUGGCGUUGGCAGAGCAGCACCAUUGCCAUGGGCUCAAGGGGGCGUGCUUCCGGUUCCUCGAGUCGAAGGAGACGCUGAACGCGGUGAUGGCGACCGACGGCUUCCUGCAUCUGAUGCGGAGCUGCCCUUCUCUUGUCAAGGACCUCGUUUUCAGGGUUGCUGACAGUCAUUUUCAGUAGCAUAUGCAUGUGAGGUUCUUCAGAAAGACAAAAAUCAUACAUAAAACAGCUAGCUGCCAAAUGUGUGUUAUGCAUUACGUACCUUGUGUAAUCUCCCUGGUCUAAAUUCUGGAACAUAUAUACAGUAUAGCUUAAUUAACUCCUCUCUCUUUGGUGAAAGAAUUCCAAAUGACAAAUGCUUAUAGGGACGGGAUCAUGUCCCGC